AUGACGGCGCACGAGCGUGACACUUCCGGAUGUGUCCAUCUACGUCUCAUCCUGUUGCAGCAACAAGUAUUUGCUGCUGCUGUUAUUUGCUCCUGCAGCGAGAAGAAGGAGCAGCAGGCAUUAUUGCAGAACUUCAAGGAGCAGAGGAUAGACGGAUCGGGGCUGCCGCUGCUGACCGAAGACCAUCUCACCUCCACGAUGAACAUGAAGCUGGGUCCGGCGCUGAAGCUGAAAUCCGUCCUCGCGAAGAAACUGGGCUCGUGCAGCGUGUGUCUGCACUGCUCCCAUUGCCACACCUCCAACAGUCCGGAAUCCGGACACACAACAGGAAACAACUCGGAUUCCGGCGGAAAUUCGUAAUGCGUGUUUGUGUGUGUGUAGACCAUCAUCAUCAUCAUCAUGGACAUCAUCAAAUGAUCAACAGAAGCGUGGACCCUCAAACAAACAAACA